AUGUCACUUUUUUCUAGAUUUACAUCCAUUUUUGGCUCUAAUCAAACCACUUAGGCCUCAAGCACUCCCAUUAAUCAACAAUUACAAGAGAAAUUAGCUUAAAUAAUUACUUCCAACGGUAAACUCGAUCUCAAACAGAAGGGUGAAGUUUUAGCUUAAUAUUUGUUGGAUAGGGAUGAGCAUAUCGAGUUUCUGUUCUAGUUUUUAGAAACUAAGUCCAAAGAUCUUCAAGGUGUCUAAGUAGUGCAUUUAUUAGCAGCUUUACAUUAACAAUUUUAAUAUAAUGAAAUAAUAUAAGAUGUGGCAAUUAAGUUGAGGGAAACAAAGAUGUCAUGGGUGUAAUUGGAAAAACAGGAAUGGUAUACUACUUAGACAGAACCUGACGUAUAGAAGAAUUAAUAAUCACAAAAGAUUUUGACUGAAUUUGAAGAUAAAGCAUAACCAGCCAGAAUCUAUGCUUAAUUAUGUUAUGUAUAUUUGUAAAAAUUGGCUGCUAACGUUGAUUUAUACAGAGCUGUACUCAAACUUAAUUAUCCCUAUGUGGCUGAUAAAGAACAGAUCGAAGCAAAAUUAAUGUUCUUAUGGCAUUAUAAAAUACAAAAUCUCAUCAAUUCAGGGUUGAUAUUGAUUCAAUACAAUCCAAAUUUAAUAGAAAUACAAGUAGCUCUGUAUGUUGAUGUAUGGAGAUUUCAGAAGUUCAUUUGUACUGAAAUUGAAAAAAUCAUAGACUAAUAUGCUACUCUACCUAAUAGCGAUACUUUGAGUCUUUAUGAGAUCUACUGUGAAAGCAUCAAACAUUACGAAUAUCUCAAUCAAUUUCAUCAAUUUACAUAAACUAUUACAAAACCUCCUCCUUAGUGUUAAAUAAACAAUACACUUCUUUAAGAAUUCUUUGCCUUUGUGACCAAAUUAAAAGUGUUAAACCAAUUCAAUUUCAAAAAGUCUAUCAAAGUUCCUAACAAAUAAGAUCCCAUUAUGGGCAUUCCUACUAAAAAUCCAAAUGUUAUAAACAUUAGGAGAUCAAGUUAACAAUUACAUGACUAAGAAAGCAGUGAAUCUGAAUUGGAGAUUGAUCUAGGAAACAAUAAAAAAAUGAAAUCCGACCAUAAUAGAGGAUAAAGCACAUUUCAAUAUGUCUAAAAAUGA